AUGGUGGGCGACACGACGAACGAGGUUAUUCCCUGAAAAUUAACCAUCCCCAUCCUCUUUUUGCAUGACAAACACAGAAUUAAAUUUGCUACGUCUUUUGCAUGACAAAUCUCCUCGUCGUGAUCGACAAACUGAGAUCGGCGAUUCUAGUUGUGUUGCUGGUCCUGUGCCAGUUGCGGGGCAUGUUCGGGUGUUCCGGGCAGUGCUUAGUGCACCCCUCGGACCCCGCACCCCCCCGGGCUUUAGUCGCGCAGUCUGUUAAGCAUGACAAAUCUCCUGCGGCCGUAGCUGCUUGCGGCGACGGUGUAAACAAGGCUUUCGAUGUGGUGCAGUCGGGUAUGCAUGACAAAUUGGAUGGGGUUGCUUAAUUUUCAGGGGAUAGAGGUGGUCACGAUCUUCCAGAUGAACCAGGUAUUCCGGUCCGGAAGCGUUCCCGGAGUGGUGGAGGCACUGCUGGACACGUACGAGGAACAGAAAAAAGUUUGGCGCAUCACCAUCCGUGACAAGGACACCAAAGAGGAGCUCGACGUAGACGCCGGCUUCGUCUUGAUCCCUGAAAAGGUAUUACCACUAUCUACAAAUGAAAGGUCUUUGCAUUCAUCAAGCAUUCCCAUUCGUGUUUUUUGUUGGCACAUGAAAGAAAGAGGCCCCUGGGAGCAAAGCCGGGCAAGAAGCAGAGGCUGCAACGAUAACGAUGAACCAUCAAGAACUACCCUGAAGCGCUUUUAUUGUCCAAAAACUUCUGUAACUCCCCCAGGCCAACCUGACCCAAGUUCGCUCGGAAGUGCUCAGUGCGUCACAGGAGGACGAGGAGCUUCCGGACGCCGCGUCGUUCCUCGCCGAGGACUAUGAAAUCCUCAGGUUGGAAAUCCUCAAAGUGGAAAUGAUUUGCAAUGCAAAAAAACGACUCGAGUUGAAGCGGCAUGUGUAGUCGGCGCAUGACAAAUUUCUCGGGCACUUAAAGCAUGUCUGUCAUGCAGGUUAAGGCAAGGAGUGCCCUUCUGUCGUGCUACGUAGCACUCCAAUUCUUCACCCCUAGCAGGACAAUAGUCGGCCUCCAUUGCGUCCUCUGCAAUACACUCUUUUUUGCGUCGCAUUUCAUGCAUCACAAAUCAUUUCCACUUUGAGGAUUUCCAUUCUGAGGCUUUCAUAAGGUCCCCGGGAAAUUUACGUUCUAUCUUGACGACGGGAAGGCGCGCGUGAAGAAAACGCAGGAGAAGAAAGUCCUGAUAUCCGACGUGGAGAACGGACUCUGCGUCAUCCCUGACCCAGAGGAGAAAGAAGAAAAAAAGCCGGCGGCAGUGCACAUGGUGAAACUUGUUGUCGUCGGGGAACCGGAGCCGGAAAAAGAGGAGGCAACGCUGGACGCAGCGACGCUGGCGAGAAAGGGCCUGGCGCAGGGACAGCAGGCAAACCAGGCGAAUCAGGUGGAGCUGCAACAGAUCCUGCAAGACGACGUCAUGCUGCAAGCUCUCAGACAGGUAAACUACAACCAUGAGCAGCCGUGCAACUACAAGUUGUCACUUUUACGAAUUUAUUCACAUUUUUGGCUUCACGUUUUUUUUCGCUUGGUGAUGAAGUAGAGGACGGCGACCUCUCUACUUCCACCUCCCAAUACCCCAGGUUCUCACGUCCAAGGGCGGCCGGGUCGGGGAAGACGCUUUUUUUUUCCUGCAGCUUGCGCAGAAGAUACAAGGUUCUGGAGACGAAAAGAGGGGCGGCGUCUCGUUCGAGCAGUUGCAGAAAGAUUUCCUGACCGGCAAGAAUGCCAGUUUGGAAUUCAUCCUGAAAGAGGAACAGAGUCCGGAAGGUCUCUCCGCACAGCAAGCAGUCGAGAAGGCGGCUGAGUUGCUGAAGAAGGAGAUCGGCGGCGAACCGCUGGAGGCACUGAAGAAGGCCAUGAAGAAAGCGCCGCGGACCAAGCUCGGGAAGGGGAAGCGCGUGGUAAUCAUUGGUGGUGGCUACGGCGGCGCGGUGUUGAGUAGUAUGCUGCGGCAGUGCUGUCCGCAGGUGCACGUCACGCUGAUCGACCCGAAAGAGUACUUCGAGAACACGCCCAUGCAGCUCCGCGCCAUGGUGGUGAAGGACUACUUCCGGAACGGGAAUUACGUGAUGUACCGUGAUUAUCAAAUGCAAAAAUGUCUGGGUCUGGAAGAAUGCAACUUGUCAUGCUGUUUUUGGACUCUAAAAAAAUUUGCAUUGCAUGAACAGCAAGAGGAGCGGCCCAGUUUUUGCUACACGGACAGGGCAUUUCUCAUGCGGAAGGUGCAUCAGGAAGCCCUCUAAAAAGUCUGCGAUGCUAGGUCAAGCAUCACAGGCAUCACGGGUCAUGAGAAAUAUGCAUGACAAGCCUCCAUUCUUUCAGACCCAGACACUUUUGCAUUUGAUAGCGAUGUGCUCGGUUUGGAGAAGGGCGUGAACUCCAACGCCUCGGCCGCCCUGAUCUGCGGCAAGGCGGUCGAUAUUUGUUGAAAAUUUUCCACCAGCUGCCCCAUCCAAUUUUUGCGUGACGAGAAACUACACCGGCUCGAAAUAUUAAAAUCCAUGUUUUGUAUGAGAGAUUGGGUGCGGCGGAUGGUCAUUUAUUUUCAGGGAAUAGUGGAGAUCAACACGAACCACGUGGUGGUGGGCUCCAACAAGCAGAUUGUCCCCUUCGACUACUGCGUGAACUUCAGCGGCAGCGUGUACCACUCCGACAUCAAGACGGACACCAGUUCCGUCGACAGUCGGAUCGCCCGCAUGGACCAGGAACGGGAGAACAUCAUCGCGGCCGAACGCGUCAUGAUUGCGGGCGGCGGUGUCGUGGGCUGCGAGCUGUCGGCGGAUAUCAAGCACCAGUUUCCCGACAAGGAGGUCAUCCUGGUGCACGCCCACGACCAUUUAUUGCCACGGCUGCCCGGAGCGCACGCGGAAGUCAUGAAGCAAAUGGACAAACUCGGCGUCAAGGUUCCAUUUGAUGUUCUUGGGUUGAUCAUGUUGUUGCCUGACCUUGGUUCUUUCCGAGGUUUGUGUACUUUGUUGUAGAACAUCAUCAAGGCGGUCGAGCUACUGCUGCACUGUGUUCGUCUAAAUCUUCACCUUCAAAUAAUGUGCUGUACACAAGGGUCCUCGGUCCUCACAGUAAAAUUAUUUGCCACGACUUCUGUGCUUAGUGAAAUAGCCCAAAGCUUCAUUAUUUUUCCGACGAGGUCCAUGUCAAUGAGCGCGUUGUCGCGUACGGUGGGGGUGAGGAGUUCGAAACCGAGAGUGGGUCCCUGACCAUUCCGACACAAGGGACCCGGGUGUAUUGGUGCACCGGGUACCGUCCUGCGACCCAGCAUUUGCGAAAAUCGCAGGACGAAAAGAUCAAGUCCUCGGUCAACAAAGACGGCUUCGUCGAGGCCGAGAAGACGCUGCAGCUCAAAGGCUGCCCGCACGUCUUCGCGGGCGGGGACUGUCUCGCGGAGCAGUUUUUCGCCAACCGCGAGCGCAUGGCGCACUACGCAAGUCUGCACGCGGCCACCAUCUUGGAGAACUUAACGCGGAUUCUAGCGGGGAAAACACAGGACGAACUCGUCAAGUUUCAGGUCAGAAAAAUUCUAUGGCGGUUUGAUGUUACAUACUUUGUUCUCCACCUUGCCACGUAAAGCCAGUGCUAUAGCUUCCAACGUAUUCCUAUUCGUAGUGUGCUGCAAUAGUAACAUUUUUAGCAAUCCAAGGGAAACAAACAUGAGACCAAGAUACGAUUCCCGGAUUAUUAUUUUCUCUACCGAAAAUGGAAAAACUAAAACACUCAGACUCCGAAGAACAAUCGGUCGGUCCUGUUCGUGGAGCUCGGGAUGGAGGAUGCGUAUGCCUUCUCGCCGCCGGAGUACUCGAUGGUCUGGGGCAUGUUCGGCGACGAGCUUGCGGAGGCCGCGAAAACCUGCCUCAAGCCCUGCACGGGUGGCGGCCUCCCCGACGGGUUCAUGCACGGCCUGGUCACGGGCUUGGCCAAAGUGAAGGACCAGCAGUCCAAAACCUACAACGAGGCACUGGUAAAAGGCGGCAUCGCGGAGAUGUACAAGGGCUUCUGUCUCAUGCUGCAAACCUGGGACGAUCCGAUGGCAGAGAAUUAAUUUCAGAAUUGCUAACGGGACGAGAAGAAGUGUAGUUGCCGUUUUUACUACAAGCAACGAUUGUAUAUCAGGGCGCUCACCCCCAGCAGCACUCUAAAUCUUUUGGCGUUCCAAGAAGUGGCAGCGUUGCAAAGGAAGAGGAAGUGCUUCAAUAACAGUUAAGUUUAUAAGCUGGGAGAGGGGAGAGCCCGGGAGAGGCUGGGAGAGGCUGGGAGAGCUUCCGCAAAUUAGAAGGAACAGCGCGACUCGUUUUGUAAAUUUGCUUCAGGCUCGAUGGUAUGAUGUCUAUUUUACUGCAGUUCUUUUUAUAUAUAUGUAAGCGGUUUGGACGGCGCCCCUGUGGCGUAUUUCUAUUUGUGACUACUCGGCGCAGUUUUUGGGAUGGCGGAUGCCGCCGACAGGUGGCAUCUAGGGGGCGAAAAAUUCCUGCAUGCGUGUCCUCCACGCGGGCGGCCCCUGGGGCGCUGCUGUCGUUAUCCAUCAGGGAAAGUUGAAGCGGGCACUUCGAUUUUCCUUCGAUGAGGGAAAGCUGAAGUGGCCAAUUCAAAUUUCCUUCGAUGAGGGAAGGUUGAAGUGGUCACUUCAAUUUUCCUUCGAUGAUGGAAAGUUGAAGUGGCCACUUCGAAUUUCCUUCGAUGAGGGAAAGUUGACGGGGCCAUUUCAAAUUUCCUUCGAUGAGGGAAGGUUGAAGCGGUAACGUCGAUUUUCCUUCGAUGAGGGAAAGGCGAAGUGGCCACUUCAAAUUUCCUUCGAAGAGGGAAAGUUGAAGCGGCCAUCCCAAAUUUCCUUGCUUCGAUGAGGGAAAGUUGAAAUGGCAACUGCGAGCUUCCUUUGAUGAGGGAGCGUUGAAGUGGGCACUUCGAUUUUCCUUCGAUGAGGGAAAGUUGAAAUGGCCAUUUCAAAUUUCCUUCGAUGGGGGGAAGUUGAAGUGGCCACUUCAAAUGUCCUUCGAUGAGCGGGCGCGCGGUGCUCGUUUGCCUUCGAAUCGAUGCAACGCCAUUGGCUGCGUAUGGGGUGAGUGAAUGCGCGCGCGCAGCGCGCGCGCGAAAUUUUUUUUGGUUCUAUGGCUCUCCCUAUUAAAGUAUAAUAAUCAACACCAUACGCGGGGGAUUAGAUAAUCCAGCGAGUUUUUUUUUUGUGACGUGUUGGCGUUGCUGAUUUUCCUCUCCCAGGCUCUCCCAACCCAGGAAAAAGGGGGCUAUAAACUGUGCUGCAAUAAUAUCAACCACGUCGGUCCGAGUCUGCCUAUGCUGACUGACAGCACUGACGCGCUUCCUACCCAGGUAGAGCAGCUUCGUUGUCACGUCGUGUGCUGCUUACAAGAUAAUAGUGCUGGAUGAAUAUGUCCAAAAUGUCGGCUAUUUUCAUCUACAUCUAGUUCUUGCCGGCACCAAGAACAUGACUCCAGCUCACCGGCGUAACAAGGCGGAGAAAAAUGUUUUCCUGACGUUGAGGCGUGCGGCUUCACUUUCACUUUCUCCUGUCGGCGCGUAAAACCGAACAGCGGCUGAAGCAUCUGCAUCAACACUGCAUAGGACGAACGCAGGCGUACGGGAAAUUACUCAUACUGUUUAGUUGAUAUUUUCACCCCGUAGCCGAUGCCGACGUACUGUUAGCUAAGCUUUCUUACCCUCAAUGAAAAUGGUAUGCGUAUGGCAUUUAUGUACACUCCUAUCGGGUGCACGUUCACAGAUAGAAUCAUGGCCACGAGAACAUGUAGGAUCGAAGAUCUGAUUCUGAAUGGAUCAUGUGCGAACAUGAGUUGGAAAUUCAAAUUCGUGGAGCUAGACGGAGACUCGGCCUCGCCUCACCUCAGGCGGCGUUCUAUUUCGAGGCGCCAAGUCGUGGCGCAUAAGCUGCAGACGAAUCAAGAAAAGCACUCGGAUCGCACUGCAGAGGGGGCUAGGGAUCGCGUGUAGAAUGUCACGGGCUUCAUUCUCAAAUGCCAUGGCUUUGCUCGCACAGAGGCCGGAAAUUCUGUAACGUGGGCGCGCGGUGCGCAGCAUGGCCGGUGACGGAAGAUCCUCUUCAUGGCUUUGGGGUAUGCGCGAUUUUGAAUAUUUCACAGGGAAGCAUCUGCUUUGAAAAAAGCGCAAUUUGAAAAAUUCAGCAAUUUUUGAUUAGCACGUAAUUUGUUUUUCAAUUGUCCGUAAUUUGUCCGUAAUUUGCGCGUAAUUAAUUUUCAAAGGAUUUCAACGGGUUUCGGGCACCCCAAAAAUUGCCCGUAAUUGAAAAAAUUAAUUACACCGACAAAUUACGGAUUUUCAAAAAAAAAUCACACUAAGAAUUACACUUUUUUUCGGGCCCUUUUUUAUUCAUUUUUUCCGGAAAAAACACCGGGGUUUUGCCUAUUCAAAACAUCGGGACGAACAAAAGGUACGAGGGCCCAAUCUGGGGCUUGAGCUUCUCAACCAGCACCGGUCGCGAGCUAGCUCAGCAAGUAAGCAAGUGGCUGUGGGGCUUGGGAAGCCGGUUCAGCGGUUAUGUGGCCUCCUUUAUUUUCAAUCCAUUGCGCAGGAUAGUAAGACGCAUGGGCCCUCAGGAGGUGAUCUGCCUCGCCAAUUUAUGACGCCCUACCCGGGCCUUAACCUUUGGGCUGCCGCGUUUUUUCCUUUUCGCUGGCCAAAUCAGCUGCCCGAUACAAAAUUACGUACUUUUUAUCGCGCAAUUAGAAUUGCCGAAUAUGUUUGCUCGGGCUCGUCCCAUUGAUGGAAAUUGAAAUUCGUGGAACUUCUAGAUGCUGGAUUGCCUAUGCUUUUGUAGAAUGUUGAUGACGUUUUGUACGAAGAUGAAAAUGUUGUUUCUCUUCUCCUCCUGGUGGUGGUCUACUGAAAGAAGCAAGAGUCAUUACGCAAGAUGAAAAUUAGCAAAAUCUAAAUCAUAAUCCGAGAAGCCGCUGCAGCAAUACACGUUUGAAAUCGAUGCUCUUGUCCAUGUC